UUUCACAUUCUCUCACUAGAUCUCUUCCACAUUGAUCAUAUAUAGUACUCUCUCUCUCUCUACUUUAACCUCUCGUCUAUAUCCACCGUCCACUCCCUUCAGUCAUCUUGUACUCUCUCUCCCUCUCUCUCUCUCUCACUCUCUCUUUCUAUAAAACCACUCACAUAUUUCUCUCUCUAGAAUAAAAAGGGAGGAAAAAAAACCCAGCUAAAGCUCUAGCCUUUUAACCAUGGCUGACCCUUACUCAAAUUUCUUCAAACACAACAGUAGUGUGUACAAAUUCAACCCUUUUCACCACACCCCAUCUCCUUCUAAUCCAAACCCUUUUCACAAUCAUCACCAAACUCACAACUUUUACUUUCUCGGCAGCCAAACAGUGCCCGCGGCUGCUGUGGUAGCCACCCCAUCUUCUCCUCCCAUCAGGGAAGCCCUCCCACUCCUCAGCCUAACCCCAUCGAACUAUCACCAGCACCACCAUAACAAUGAAGAAAACGACGACGAAUACUACCAAAACGACGACGAUAUGGAUAUCAAGACCUCGACGACGACUACUACUACUACUAGUACUGGCAAUAACAAUAGUAGUAGUACGGUUACUGUUGCACUCCACAUAGGGUUACCCAGCCCUAGCGCCGCUGAGAUGGAAGCUGUUCUCUCCGGUUCCUCAUCUGAAGUAACCGCAGAGAAAGACGGCCAUCAUGGAGAUUAUCAUGAUCGUGAUCAUCAUCAUCAUCAUAAUCAUCAUGAUUCAGCUGGGUUAUACCCUACAAAUGCACUCAACAAGGGUCAGUAUUGGAUCCCUACACCUUCUCAGAUUCUCAUUGGCCCCACUCAGUUUUCUUGCCCAGUUUGUUACAAAACCUUCAAUAGAUACAACAACAUGCAGAUGCAUAUGUGGGGGCAUGGAUCUCAGUACAGAAAAGGGCCAGAAUCUCUAAGAGGGACUCAGCCAACAGGCAUGCUUAGGCUGCCAUGCUACUGCUGCUCGCCGGGUUGCCGGAACAACAUCGACCACCCAAGAGCAAAGCCACUCAAGGACUUCAGAACACUUCAAACUCAUUACAAGAGAAAACAUGGGAUCAAGCCUUUCAUGUGUAGAAAAUGUGGUAAGGCAUUUGCUGUGAGAGGGGAUUGGAGAACCCAUGAGAAGAAUUGUGGGAAGCUUUGGUAUUGCAUUUGUGGCUCUGACUUUAAGCACAAGAGGUCUCUUAAGGAUCACAUCAAGGCCUUUGGAAAUGGCCAUGCGGCUUAUGGUAUUGAUGGAUUUGAUCAAGAGGAAGAUGAGCCUGCUUCUGAAGUAGAACAAGACAAUGAUUCCAUGCAGUAGUAUAGAUGAUAUAUAUUUUAAUAUUUAUAUAUAUAUAUAUAUAUGAUCCUCUCACAUGCAUAUAUAUAGCUAGAUUUUUAUAUAAUGGGUGGGGGUAGUAGUACUGAUCAUGAUCGAUUAGAUGAUUGAAAUUAAGUAGUAAUGAUCUCUUAUCGAUCUUACUUAUUACAUAUUAUUAGUUAAUUCUGAUCUUUUGUGGGAUUAUAUAAUGGUAUAUAUAUAUAUAUAUGUGUAGCUAUAGCAGCCAUGGCUUUCUUUAAGUUAUGAGAGCUAUAUAUAUAUAAGAAAUCUUAUCAUUAUAAUACUUAAAGAUCAGUCACCUUUUUCUCUA